AUACACCACUCUCGAAAGGAUACAAGCAAAAUAAUGAAAUCGAACUUCAACCGCUCAUUCAAAGUGGAAUGUGGUUUUGAGUAUAUCUCUCUUCACACUGGGUUUGCACCGUUGAAGUCUGCCAUGGAGGAAAUGGGAUUGGAAGAAUCCUGCCCCUUGAAUUAUGAGGAAAGCUUUUUUAAAAGCUGUGCCGAAGAGCAUCAGAAAAUGCUGCAUAGUGAGUCAUACCAUGCGGCCACCAGAAAUCUAGAGCUUGAGGAUGAGGGAAGACCUGUACAUAACAAAGAAAACAAACAAGUAGCCCAGCGACGUGAUGAAGGCAUCUAUGAAAUGGAGUCACUGGAAAACAGUAAAUUUAAUGAGGACAGUGGCUAUUCCUCUAUGUUAAGUAAUCAAUAUGCUGAUGUAAUGGAACAUGAGGACAGUAUACCUUUGGCUGGGAAUCUCUGUGGCACACCAAACCAUUGCCUCACGAAGAACCAAAACCCAGCACAGUUUUCAAAGAAGACCUUGUUGCCAGUGAUCCAUUAUGAAGAAAUGAUUUGCUCAACUUUGAAAAGAAGCGGGAAAAGAAAUCUCAAGUCUUGGGCUGCAGUAGACAGAAUUGUUUUCAGGGGAGAGGCUGAACUUUGUAACCUAAUUGGAAAGAAAAUGGGAUUAGACAGAAUAGACAUUCUUGCCGAACUCUUCCAAAAGAACAUGAAGCAUAUAUUAGCAAAUAUUUUAAGGCAUCUCUGUGAGAUGGAUUUAAUAAAUUUUGCCAAAGUCAGCACAACAUGGCAGAAGAUUCUACAAGACGAUAAAUGGAUUUCCCAAAUGUACAGUAAAGCUGUGAAAAACCUUUCUAAUGGCAUGAAGGCAUCAGAGCAUGCUGAAACAAGGGAGUAUGUUCUCUGCCGAGCAGCUUUAGCUUCCAUUCAGAAAGCAGCCCCACCAAACAACUUGAAUAAAAAAGUCACCAAAUCCAAACCAUCUAGGAAUCACAGCCGGCUCAUGGAGUAUUCAGAGGCUGCUAAGACCUUGAAAAACACUGAAAGCCUGAAAGUCUGCCAUUGGUGUGGCUCACCUGCGAAGUACGACUCCUAUCUCCAGAGAGCAAUGUGCAGUCGUGAAAGCUGUGGCUUUGACUUUUGCACAAAGUGCAUGUGCAGCUACCAUAGCUCCAGUGACUGUAUGAGCGGCAGACCAGUGAAACGCAACCCUAACCUAGAGCCACUUCCUGGCACUAAGAAAAGCAAACUGAAUCUGCGGCGAUUGUGA